CACUGGCAUUCUAUUACUGGGACUGGUACUGACAUUGGUACUGGACCUCCCACCGGCAGCAGCUAUAUCAGACCGCCCACCCACGAUAGCGCGCGAUGUGGUUUUCGCGACCUUGCCAGAGCCAACCCACCCCAUCGUCAACAUGCCUACAUAUCCUCUCCAGAUAACAUGUUUGGCGGUGAUCUGUGGCACGCCCAUGCUGGCCGCCAUGUUUGUUGGCCUCAGAUUAUACACGAGACGGAAAUUGAACUUGCGACUUGGGUUGGAUGACUGGCUGAUCGUUCUCCCUCUGCUACUUUCAAUAGCCUUGAUAGGCCCCUCAUAUCGACAUGUCAAGAUGUGGCAUGUCGGCGUGCACAUAUGGGAAGUUCCUGUGACGGAGAUUGAGCCAGACUACAAGGAGUGGUAUGCCGUGAACAUGGCGUUCAAUCUUCUAAACAUCCCAAUACUUCCUCUAGUCAAAGCCUCCAUCAUCUUCCUCCUUCUUCGAGCCGGAUCAGUCAUCGAAUGGCUCAAGAAAGCCCUCUAUGCUAUCCUUAUUUUCACCGUCGGAAGCGCCCUCAUUCCAUGGUUCCUAUACAUCUUCACCUGCCCGCCAAAGACAGGUAACACCUGGGAGCCACGCACGUUUGGAGACCUGCACUGUAUGGGGAGGCAUCGCAUGGGCGAAAUGCUCAUUUGGGUCACUUGCGCCAACUUGCUCACCGACCUACUCAUUUUCCCCAUUCCCUUCAUAAUCGUUCGAAGGAUGAUGAGCGCUCGUUUGCGGUCGCGAUUGGUGGUUCUCGCCGUUUUCACAUCCAGCCUAGCUGUAACUGCGAUCGGCGCCGCCAAAAUCUACCUCUCUUAUCGUGACCGACUCUACAGUCUAUUCAACCCGGAUUGGACGUACCCAAUCGACUACUGCAUCAGCCAUAUCGAGAACAAUGUAGCUAUCAUUGUCGCAAAUGUACCCAUUCUCCGUGGCCUGGUGACCCGCUGGGUGUUCAACUUCAAGACCAAAGCGACCCCCAUCGAGCGGGAGUUUCGCAGCGAUUUCCAAUGGAACUCCUCGUCGAAUUCGUCGACUCUCACGCGUGUCGCUCGCAGGAAUCGCAUCGCCCAGAAGAUCAUGCCAUGCAUCCAGGAAGACUUCUCCUCCUCACUGGACCUGGACCACACACGCACAAAGGGCAUGGAGCCCGAGUACCCACCGAAAAUCGUCACAAAUGACUAUCGCAAAAAUCGCAACUACAAGCCUAGAAGAUCAAGAAGAAAUAGCCCCGAGCGAAGUUAUGCGACGGCCAACCGCUGCGAGAAGGGCGACAUGCUAGAGACCGUUCGCAGCAUUGGGAGCCUGGGGUCGGCCCCAACGCUCGUGGAGAGUCGAGAGGUGGACUGGACGAAGAGUGGGGAUUUCGGCAGCCCGAUGUCGAGUCCUAGGCGGUUCUCGAGUCCGCCCAUGAGCCCGAUAAGUCCGUUGUCGCCUUGCAGGUUACGAGGCAUUGAGGAUGAAGACGACGAGAUAUACCCCUAUUCGCGAAAGUGAUACCAUAUUGAUGUC